AUUAUGUUUGCAUACCUGGCUGCAGUGUGUGAUAGAGUAUUAAAACGAGGAGAAAUUGCGAUCUCAGAUCUGAUAUUUGUAACAGCACGGCUAAUAACAAAGGAGAGUCAUCAUGACUGGUGGAAACACCACUGAAAAAUCAGCCAAUAAUCCUUUGGAGCAGUUUGUAUUACUUGCAAAAACUGCAAAAGGUGCUGCUGCUAUAGAACUUAUAAGACAAGUUGUUGAAACGCCUGGUGUUCAUGUCUUUGGUGAAUUGUUGGAUAUGCCAAAUAUCAAAGAGUUGGAAAAUGGACCUUAUGUCCAAUAUUGGAAUACUCUGAAUUUAUUUGCAUAUGGCACCUAUAGAGAUUACUUAGAAAAUAAGGAGAAAGUAUUAGAGUUAACUCCUACGCAAAAGAAGAAGCUUCAACAUCUUACCAUUGUCACUCUUGCUACAAAAAACAAAUGUAUACCUUACUCAGUAUUGUUGGAAGAGUUAGAUAUAAAGAAUGUCAGAGAUUUAGAGGAUUUGAUUAUUGAAGCAAUAUACGCAGACAUAAUACAUGGAAAAUUAGAUCAAAAAAAUUCACAGUUAGAAGUGGAUUAUGCUGGUUUAGGACGUGAUGUACGACCAGGUGAUAUGGGUGUUGUAGCUGAGACGUUAGCUGCUUGGGGUCAAGCAUGUGAUACAGUUUUAUCCUGUAUCGAACAGCAAAUAUCUAGAGCUAAUGUCGAGAAACAAAAAGCUACUUAUCAUAAAGAAAGAAUACAAAGAGAUAUUUCUAAUAUAAAGAAAUCUCUUGCAUCUCAACCAGGAGUCUCAGGUAUUCAAGAGGCUGAUGUAGCUGGUGGUAGUUCUGUCGCAGGAGGAAGCGAAUCGGGUAGAGAAGCCAUGCCGGUACUAUCAGAAAAAAAGAAGUUACAGAAGGUCAAAUGUAUCAAAGUCAGUGGGCGUGAAGAGUUUAAUUAGGAUUUGAUGAUUCUCUAGAUGAAUUUGAUAAAUAAUGCAACGUGCAUUGCAUGUUUAUCAAUGCAUACGUGCCUACCCAUUGCCAGUUAUCACAUAAAAUAGUAUGCCCAUUGUGACGAGUUGGUCGAUGCUUACGUGUACUUCCAACGAUAGUACCGUUUGUGCUGUUUGCGUUCAGAUUUUACAGAUUCUCGUUUUGCAAGAACUUAUAAAUGCUAAACGAUUUAUUGAUGGGACAAAAAGCGUAACUAGUCGAAAAGAUCGUUUUUGAACAAACUUUUAUAACUAGAAAACUAAAGUAUAACUGAAGUAUAAAUACCACUGAUGUAAUUUAGUAAAGAAAAAUGGCAGUUAAAGUGUUGUAAUUGCUAUUCGAAUAAAAAGAUAAUAUAUUU